GUGCCCUCGGGUGCUUCGCCCAAAUCACCCCCUCGCUGUACCUGAGCUGGGGCAGUGUCACCUCCAACCAGCACCUGCUCCUCUCCCAGGGAAUCACCUGCGUCAUCAACACCACCAUCGAGAUUCCCAAUUUCAACUGGCCCCGGUUUGAAUAUGUGAAAGUGCCUUUGGCUGACAGGACCAAUGUCCCUGAUGCCAAAAAUCCGGGAUAA